GAGGGGGCGACACCUCCGGCUGGACCCAUGGACGCGAGAUGUGCGCUGGCGCUGGGCCUCCUCGUACUGCUGGCCGCCGGGCCGGCCUCGGGCGCCCGGGGCGGAGGGGGCGGAAAGUCCCGUGGCACCGGGCGCAAGGGCUACGGCUCGCGCAUGCCUGUGCUCAUCCAGCACCGAAACACCGCCAGCGCCAACUACUACGACCACAAGGACGGAGCGAGGAUAGUCAAGUCGUCCCACUUUGAGCUGGACUACAUGCUCGGUCGCAAGAUAACCUUCUUCUGCAUGGCCCAGGGCCUGCCCCGGCCGCACAUCACCUGGUUCAAGGACGGCAUAGAGCUCUACGCCCACAAGUACUUCCAGGUGCACGAAUGGCCGAUCGGCAACGACACCAUGAAAUCGAAGAUGGAGAUCGACCCGACCACUCAGAAGGACGCCGGCUAUUACGAGUGCCAGGCCGACAAUCAAUACUCCAUCGACAGGCGGGGAUUCAGGACAGACUAUGUCAUAUACACCUACUGAAGGCCGGAGCACGGUUGCGAGCGACACUGCGACACCAGCAUGCUUUUUGACAGUUCGCAACGCAGCUAUGAACAGUUAAUACAAUUAAGGACAACUCGCAUGCACACGUCAUCACAGCUUUAAAAAAAAAUAUUGUAAAAAAUGUAUGAUUUUGUAAAUCACACAUUUAUCAAAACUUUAAAAUAAUUAUUUUUCUAGGAAAUUAGAUUGGUAAGUACAAAUUGCAUAACCAAUUUUAAAAGAACACAAUAAAAAAUUUUAAAAAUUAAUUUUAAUUUCUUGGUUUACCUAUUUCAGAUUUUUAUCGCUAAGAAGUAACUCCAAACUGCCUCAACAGUGCAAAAGUUACUGAAAUCGCUCUAAAGGUACAUCCUGUGAUGUGUGAAUUAACUUUUAAAAACAUUAUAGAUGUAAAUAUUUUUUUAAAAAAUUAUGUUAUAUUUGGUGUCAAUGCAAGAAAAACCACAGAAGUUUGGUAUAAAUUAUUAUGAAAUGUUUUAAAAAUUGCCACGAGUGUAUCCUUAACUCUCUGUAAAAGACUCAUCUCUGAUGUAGUAAGGAAAAAAGUUUUUCUGCUACCAGUAUCAGUCAACAGCAAUUUAUACUUUCUAGAAUUGUUAAAUAAAGGAAUUCUCUUUCUUA